UACAUUGCAAAGUACUUCGAUAUAUACACCAUGAGUUCCAUCCAAGCGAAAAUCCAGGAAGCUUCUAUCCGCAACGCUACGCUCCUCGCAGCACUGCAGCAAACCGACUCGGCACCUUCUCAACUUCACAAGCAAACCGAAUAUGUCAAGGACCUUGAAGAGCAGAUCCGUACAACCUCGGAGGAGUGCAAGCGCCUCCAAGACCGGACCAACAUUGAACUCACCGAGCACAAAAAAUACUCAGAGUCCACUUUUCGCCGCUUUGCGCAUAAAGCCUCGGGUCAGAAAGAACGAUUCGCCGAGAAGGCUGCAAAGGAAGAGCGAGAGUACUUCGAAGCCGUUCAACAACAAAAAUCCGCCGAGGACGGUCUCACCUAUCUUAGACAACUCAAAGCUGAAGCGGAAAUCGCAAAAGCGCAAUACGAAAGCGCCUCGCAGGAACGCGAUGAGUACCAGAAAGAGCUCGACCAGCUCUAUGCCUCCAUCUUCUCGGGUCUGACGCAAGGUUUCCCUGAAGAAGAUGAGUGCGAGAAGGAGGCCAUAACUGCGGACCGCCAAGUUCAGGAUCUGCACAAAGAGCUAGAGCACGAGCGUCACCUGCAUUUCCUGCUCCAGCAGAUCACCGAGAAAAUAGCUGAAGCCUGCAAAAACCUGCAAAUUGCCCAUGAGAUAAGCACUCAGGACCUGCCCGGUAACUCGACGGAGAUGAUGAAACAUACCAAGCUCGAUAAAGCAUCAUCUGCGCUCUCUCAGGUUCGCAUGCUCCAGGAACAAGUCAGACAGCUCAACCCAGAGCUUGCGGAACUGGGUCCUACCGAUGUCGACACUGCGUCCAUCUGGGAGGAAAUAAUCUUCAAUAAUUCCUUUACCGACUUAGAAAUGCACAGUAGGAUCAAGGACGACGAGACGAAAGUCAGCAUUGUGAAGAAGAAGUGCGAGCAAUGUGUGCAAAUGCAAGAGGAGAAGGAGAAACAGGUGCUGGAGAAGAUUCGUCUAGCGGAUGGGCGGCUGAAGGAGAGUAGGGCCAAGUUGCAGAAGGUCAGGGAGGAAGCGUUUAGGAAAGUUGCUGAGGGGCAUCAGAUUCCACAGGAUAAUCGAACGGAGAUGGCGCCGGCGCCGAGCGAGCUGCCGCCUGUGUAUGCAGCAUAG